AUGUUCCCCUCUGUUCAACUGAAAAAGAGCAUAUUUCUCAGACUCUCUAAGAUUCUGUCUCUGUCAUCUGUUACAUCGAGGAGCAAGGCACAGGAGUUGAUAAAAAGUGGAAAAGUAAAGGUAAACAACCAAGCAGUAAAUCAAAAUGUAAGCAUAGACAUAAACUCUACAAUAGAAAUAGAUGGGAAACGGAUCCACGUGGAUAUUACAACAAAACUUUGGGGAAUUUACAAACCAAGACAUGUGUUUUGUAGCUCAGAUUGGAAUUAUCAAUAUGAAGAAGAAAAAGAAAAUUCUCAAAAUAAUAAACACGAAUUAAGAUUGGAGAAAAGAAUGUUUCAAAUGGAAAAAUACAACAAUGAAGUUACAUUUAGACAUAGUGACAAGAAUAUUUUUUUUUUGGGAGAAAGGAAAGAGAUUAAUAUAGAAAGUGAUCUUAAGAAACAGUAUUUUAAAAAAAAAAAAAAAAAAGAACAUUAUGAAAUAAAGAAAUCUGAUCAAAGUAAUGAAGUGGUGAGUGUACUACGACCGGAAGUGACCAAGGAAAUAAUCCAUUCAAAACUUAACAUGAAUAUAUUUGAUUUCAUACAGAAGAAAAACAAAGCAUAUGAAACAAAAAAUAAAGUCUCCAAUGAAUUACCAAAACAUUUGAUUGUAGUAAAUAGUCUAAGUACAUCAAACGAAGGACUUGUGUUACUUACAAAUGAUGGAGAUUUUGCAAAAAGUUUAAAAGAUGUAAAUAAUAAUAUUUUGACAACUUAUAUAAUAAAAGUGCAAGAAGAACUUACAGAGGAAAAAAUUAAACUAAUAAAAAAAGGAUGCUUUAUUGAAAAUUUUCAUAUAGAACCAUUAAGUGUACAUGUCAUCAAACAAUCUUCAUUACUACCAAAAUGGCUCAAAUUUACAUAUGUAGAAAAAUCACACACACAUUUGGAUAUCUUAUUUUCUAAAUACAAUUUAACCAUUAGAAAAUGUAAAAGAUUUUCUUUUGGCCCUUAUAGAUCUUCUGAUCUUUCUGAACAUUUUCUUACGCCCUUAAAAAUCCAUAGUACACUUUCUCCUCUAAUACCAAAGUACACUCCUCAAUUGGUUCUUUCAAACCCUAGUGGAAAUAUUCAAACGGACGUAGACAAAAAAUUUGUAUAUGUCAAAGAUUAUUUAAAAAAUUCUAUCAUUCAACGGGGACCAUAG